ACCGAGUGAAAAGUCUGACGCAUAAAGUUAACCAAUCUUACUCUCGGCCAACUUAUUUUUUCUGUAUCACCUUUAAUAUAUAGAAAUACAAAAAAUUGAAUAGUAAUAUAAAGACCCACAGCAACUUGAUCAAAAAUUUGAUCUUCAACUUUUCCUCUUUUCUAUCUGAAAAUGUCAAAAUUCGUAAUGAUCUACUUACUAUGUAGUGUUUAUUCAUGUUCAUCAAUUUUUCAAUGUGCAUUAGCCAAUAAAUAUACUGCUGAAGCUAAUAAAGCGAUAAAAUUUAAUAAAGUGUCGAGCAGUCAUGGUGAAGAUAUUCCAGUUCCCAUCUCAAUACGAGGAGUCGACAAACCUUACAGAAUGGCCAAACUUAAUUUAUUAUGGGCCAAGGCUAAACACCGUUUGACAGAUGCCAAACUUCAGUCACUUUUCAGUGAUUUGAAACUACACGACGAAACAGAAUUAGCUUAUAAACAUUAUCAAGCAGAUGGAAAAGAUGAAGAAGGGCUAGAGGAAGCUCGCCUGAGAAAAAAACUGAUCGGUAUCAUGAGUACUUAUGGUUUGUUGGAUCAUUUUGCUGCAACUGAUGAUCCAGAAUUGCUUAAACAUCAUAAAGCUCUCAAUGACGGAAGCAAUUAUAUCGCUAGAGGGGUGUUUGAAGAUAAACGAUUAAAUCAACUUUGGGCAAAAGCUGAAAGAGCUGGCUUUACACACCAAGAACUGGAGGCACUUAAGGAAGAGUUUAAUCAUCAUCAAGAGAAGGUUGAUGAAUAUAUGGGUCUCUUGAAGGAUGUUGAUGCUGGAGAUUCAGAAACAUAUAAAAAUAGCGUGGAUGAGGAGCACGAAAGCUGGAACGAAAUUAACUAUAAAGAAGAAAAAUUGAAUUCAACGCCUAGCAUAAAAAUAGAUCAUAUUUCCAAAGCAAAUUUGCUCAGGGAAAAGCAUAUUGAAAUAAAAAGUGGAUACGAUAAUCUUGAUAGAAUAACGGCUCAGGGUAAAAAUCACCAAGAAUUCGUAGAGCCGAAAGUUCAGGGUUUAUGGAGAAUUGCAAAACAAGCACAAUUCACUAAAGAUGAACUGGCGUCUUUGAAGGAGGAACUUCAUCAUUAUGAAACCAGAUUAUUGAAGUUACGCCAUUUACAUACAAAUGCAGCUUUAGAAGCAGCGCGGAAUGGCAAAGAUUAUGACAUUAAUAAUUCAAAAAAUCAAAGGAUUAAAAAACACUCAAGAACUGUAGAAAAAUUGCAUGCUGAUAUCGAGUCGAGAAUUCUUGAACGCCAUACAGAAUUGUAAUCUCAAUUUUUCUUUGUCAUAAUACCAUAUGAAAGGAAUGAUACAAAUGGUUCAUUUCAGAUAGCAAAAAAAAUGAUGAAUAAAUAUUUUUUGACAUUUU